AUGGACCACUACCGAGCCCAUUCUCUCUUCCAGCCUUCAAAUCUGAAUGCCGCAAUCGGCGCAAAGGGCCAUGAGGGAUCGAGCAAGGGGCCGCCACAUUUGUUCGGCGCCAUGCUUGGGAUUCCGCACAUACAGAUGGCCCGAACCGUAGCUGUGCUUGGCUUUGACUUCGUCUUCGUGGACACUCUGCAUGUUGCAACCAAUCCAGAGAAUCUGGUUUCCAUCAUACAAACGAUCAACUUUGCCAGCGAGGGCAAGACUUGCGCACUAGUUCGCAUUCCCAGCCCUGAAUCGGAUUUGCUAGCCUAUGCUUUAGAUGCGGGUGCGGCCGGCAUAGUCUUUCCACAAAUCGAUACACCUGACCAGGCAGCGUUGGCUGUCAACAAGGUGCGACACGCCUACAGCGGCGGAAGCAGAUCGGUCUCGCCAAUUGCCUUGCUUGACGGGAUAACAAACAUUGCGCCCGAUGGCUGGACGUCGGAGACAAUUGCUGACAGAAACAUCGCCGUUAUCUGCCAGAUUGAGAGCACGGUUGCAGUAGACAAUCUUGAUGCCAUCGCUAGAGUUCCCGGUGUGAACGCACUCAUGCUCGGAGUUUCGGACCUCAAGGUCACACUUGGUCUCCCGGUUCGCAAUCCUGGUGGGCGAGUGGAUGAGUCCAAGUUUUAUGAGGCUGUCUCCAAGUUGAUCGCGACUUCCGAGAAGACUGGAAUUCAGCUUAUGAUUCCUGCCUUUAGGAUGAAGCCCGAGGAUGUUGGCUGGCUUAAGAAGUUCAAGCUGGUGAUGACUAGUCUGGAUAUUCUGUCUGUGCUGAAGAGUCAUCAGAAGGACCUCGCUGAAGUGAAGGAGGCUCUGGCGGUGCCGAAGGGGACAUCCAACGGCAAAUCCAACGGGCUAGCCAACGGGUUAACCAAUGGGAUGACCACUGGGAUGACCACUGGGAUGAUCACUGGGAUGACCACUGGGAUGACCAAUGGGAUCACUAAGCAGAUAAUGAACGGGCAUUAA